AUGUCCAGGCGAGGUGCGCAAGGUGACUUCGAUGAAGCCGACUCGGGCUAUGAGGGAAGCGACGUUUCUUCAAUAACCACGACGCUCCGUUCGGCGGCGCUGAAUUAUACGCAAGUCUCCGUCCCCCGAAAGACGCCCAAAAAUGGUAGAAGAUACCAGCGAAUGCCCAACGAGAACGCCUAUGUCUUUCCCAACGAUGAACAAGAACAAGAGCGACUUGACAUGCUGCAUCAUAUUUUCCGUCUCGUGCAAGGCGGCCGGCUAUACACCGCCCCAGUCGAUAUUCCCCAGCGGGUGCUGGAUAUCGGAACCGGGACUGGGAUCUGGGCACUGGAGUUCGCGGACGAGUUUCCACAGGCCCAAGUCACAGCUGUUGAUCUCAGUCCCAUUCAGCCAGAUAUGACUGCCCCGAAUUGUACCUUUAUAAUCGAUGACCUUGAGCAACAGUGGGACUACCCGCAGAGUCGCAAGUUCCAUUACAUCCACCAGCGCAGCAUGUCUGGCAGCAUCGGAGACUGGACGAGGAUGUACAGACAGGCGCUGACAUCCAUGGAGCCGGGCGGGUACAUUGAGCUCCAGGAGUUUGAAGUCUGGUUCUACUCCCAGCUUCCCGAGGGCCUCCCAGAAGAAUCGGCCAUCGUCAAAUGGCAGAAACUGGUCGACGAGGCUAGCGUCGCAUUCGGGCGACGCCUCAACUAUGCGUCUCGGUUCGAGGCCCAUCUCGAAGAAGCUGGUUUUGUGGGCAUUCAGACGCAGAGAAUAAAGACUCCGAUAGGCGCGUGGCCCAAGGACCGCAGACUGCGUGAGAUAGGGGCAUACCUUCAGGUCCAGAUGAAUGAGGCUCUGGAAGCUGUGACACUGGCGUAUCUCACACGUGCUCUGGGCUGGACGGAGGAGGAAGUCCACGUCCUGUUGGCGGAUGUGAGAAAAGAGUUCAAUGACAGGUCGAAACUUCUUUACACGUACUGCUGGUUUAUCACGGGCAAGAGACCGACAGAGGCGGACAGUAACACUUGA